AGAUGUGUGUUUUCCCUCACUCCAUGCGCCAUAUUUCCCUCAGUGUAAGCGAUACGUGGCACACACACACUCUCUCUCUCUCAGAAUGUCCAUUCUUCUGUUCUCUGUGUUGAUCCUCCUAGCUACAGGAUCAUAUGGAUCUUCUGAAACGUACAGGAAGCCUCGGUGCAGUGAGAUGGCGGAGAUCAUGGCAUGUCCUCUGAACAUGGCUCCAGUGUGCGGCACAGAUGGGAUCACCUACGCCAACGAGUGUGGCCUGUGUGUGCAGAGACUGAAAACCAAAUCGGACAUCUUAAUCGCCAAAGACGGCAGCUGCUGAUUUCCCGUAAUGACGUAGCAUCGCUACAAGAAACCAAAACGUCUGAUUAAAGCUUUUGACAAAAAAAAAA